AUGGCGGCCAUGAAAGAAAACCCCAUCAAACCCAAGAUGGACAUGCAACAAUUCUACGACGAAGCAGAUCCGAAACUAAGCGAAGAUGCCAGAUCUAUCCUGACCAAAUAUAGUGGCAUCCCAGCAGCAGAACUCAUACCUCACCUCCGUACAGUGCGAGACAAAGCAUGGAACCUCUUCAAGUACCCCUGUGUCGGCCAAUGGGCCUUCAUCAGGUUUGGGAUUUUGAAAGACCCGGUCUAUCCAUCCAUAGUCGAACGUCUACAAGACGGCCAGACUCUGCUCGAUCUCGCCUGUUGCUUCGGCCAAGACAUGCGCAAACUUGUCGUUGAUGGUGCUCCUUCCGAGAAUCUCACGGGAACAGAACUCGAAGGUGGCUUCGUGAAUCUAGGCUACGAGCUCUUCAAUGACAGGGACAAGCUCAAGUCCCACUUCAUCAUUGGUGACUUCUUCGACAAGACAACCUUAAAUCCAGAACGAGACACCUUUGACAUGAUCCACGCCGCCUCCUUCUUCCAUCUCUUCUCCCGGGACGAGCAAGUGGAGGCUGUCACCAAGGCACUCCGCUCACUAAAGUCAAAACCAGGUUCAAUGCUCUUCGGCCGACAGACAGCAGUGGCGAACGCCGGCGCAAUCAAAUUAUCAGCAACUAGGUCAGGAGAAAUGUACCGGCACACCCCCGAAUCUUGGAAGGAGCUACUGGAGCAAGUGGUGAAGCAGAUGGCUCUGGAUGCGGAAUGCAGCGUCGAGCCUACUGGCGACCAGAAAUUAACGACGGGGGUGGGAAUCUGGAAUAUGGUGCGCUUCUGCGUGAUACUCAGAUGA